AUGGAUUCUCUUACUGGCAGUCUGGAGCGCGAUAACAUACCGCUAAUCCAGGAUGUCCUGAAAUGCUGCUCCAGUCUGGUUGUUCGUGAUGAAAAUGACCAAGUUCUUCUCGCCCAUCACUCCGUACGACAGUUCCUGCGCGAUUACCCAGACGUCACACCCAAAUCCUUGCAAUCUUACGACACUUUAGUUUGGGAGAAAAAAAUCAGCGGUCCAGUACGCCAUAAAAUACGUGAGCUUGAGCUAGCGCGCCUUUGUAUUCUCCACCUGAGCUCUCCUGAAUAUGGCCAUGCCAUGGCACCUCCUUCCCAAGCAAAAUCCGCCAUCGAUGUUAGCCUGGUACCGGACGCUGUGCUUACCAACUUCAAUCUUGGCUUUGGGAAAUGGGGGUUCGAAGGCUUCAAAAAAGUCAAAACCUUUGUUCAUAAAUUCAAAUAUCAAGCCAGCGACUUCCACAACCUUCGCUGGUCUUCCGGCAUUUUUCCGUUUCGCAAGAGAGCAAUGGGCACUUCUGACCCGUUCAAUACAUCAAACUGGUCCGAACUGGUCUAA